UUAAGCUUAGGACAGAAGCUAAGUGAAAGUGCAGCAGAGCCAAUUGAGUUUAGCAGGAAAAACAAUUAAUUUUUAAUGGGUGUACGCUUCAAUUUUUUUUUAGAAUUGUAUGACAUUUUUGUGUUUGCAUUCAUGCUCGGGCUCCUUUAAGAGCCUGUUAUUUUAGCUCUCUUGUGCCCGAGAGAAGCGCCCGCCUGCUCCCUGCACGCCCGGGGACUGUGAAAGGCUUUUGUGCCGGAGCCAGGCUCAUUCAUAUAGGAGCUGCCGGACUCGGGAUCUUGGCUGCUGCUGCUGCUGGAGCAAGGACGGACCUCUAUAACGCUGGCUUUCUGCUGCGCCCAACAUGAGGAUCACAUCUGUCCUGACAGCCACGCUUCUUCUCACCCUCCUGGUUGCAGAGCCCUCGCAUGGCAACAUCCUACUGUCUGCCAGAGAUGCCUCCCAAUUCCUGCGUCAGAGGCAGAAGAGGGCAAACCAAAUAUUUGAGGAAACCAAACAGGGACACUUGGAAAGGGAGUGUGUGGAAGAGCAAUGCAGCAAAGAGGAGGCAAGAGAGGUCUUUGAGAACAACCCAGAAACAGAAUAUUUUUACCCAAAAUAUAUAGAGUGUAAUCGGCGAUACAGGCAUCUAAACAAGAAAGACUCCCUGACAACAUGUAUACACAAUAUACCAGAUCAGUGCUCUUCAGCCCCAUGCUACAGAGAAGGGUCCCUUCACUGUAUAGACCUGCAUGGAGAUUUUUUCUGCCACUGCAAGCCUGGAUGGACUGGAAAAAGCUGCGGUACAGAUAUUAAUGAAUGUGCAACAGAGAAUGGAAAUUGCAGUCAGAUCUGUAUCAACAAGCCGGGAACACACCAGUGUUUGUGCAGUAGUGGGUACAGACUCCAUGCAAAUAACAAAUUGUGCAUAGACAUUGAUGAAUGUGCAGAAUCGCCCAAUAUCUGUGGAACUGCCCAGUGCAAAAAUGUGCGCAGCACCUACGUGUGCCUCUGUGAAGAUGGUUACAGAUAUGAUGAGUUGACAAAGAGCUGUCAGGACGUAGAUGAAUGCAAAGAGGGGCGCUGUGAGCAGACUUGCGUUAACUCUCCUGGAAGCUACACUUGUCAUUGUGAUGGGAGAGGAGGAGUUAAGCUAUCCCAGAACAUGAACACUUGUGAGGAUAUAUUGCCGUGUAUUCCUUUUGCCUCAGAAAAAAGUAGAAAUUCUUUAUACCUUGGCAGAAUGUUCAGUGGCACUCCUGUGAUCCGGCUGCGCUUCAAGAGAAAGCAACCCACCAGACUUAUGGCAGAGUUCGAGUUUAGGACAUUUGACACUGAAGGAGUCCUUUUCUUUGCUGGAGGCCACCAAGACAGUUCCUGGAUUGUCUUAGCUUUGCGGAAUGGAAGAUUGGAGCUGCAGCUGAAGUAUAACGGCAUAGGCAGAGUCACCAGCAGUGGCCCACUUAUUAACCAUGGAAUGUGGCAAUCCAUUUCUGUUGAAGAACUGCAGCGGAAUCUAGUUAUCAAGGUCAACAAAGAUGCAGUCAUGAAGAUAGCAGCAUCUGGAGAUCUGUUUAGUGUAGACAAAGGAUUAUACCAGCUGAAUUUAACAGUUGGAGGCAUUCCCUUUAAAAGCAGUGAGCUCAUCCAGUUGAUAAACCCACGCCUUGAUGGCUGCAUGCGCAACUGGAACUGGUUAAAUGGUGAAGAUACAUCAAUUCAAGAGACAGUAAGGAUGACAGAAAAAAUGCAAUGUUUCUUAGUUGCUGGAAGAGGCUCUUUUUUCCCUGGUAGAGGAUUUGCCAUGUUCAACAUAGAUUACACAUAUCCAUCAAAGGAAGAAACUGAGGCAAACUGGAGAGUAGAGUUUAAUGCACAAAUAAACCCAGCUACUGAUACUGGUGUCCUGUUUGCUUUAGUUUCAAAGGACAUGGCUGUCCCUUUAUCUUUAGCUCUGAUUGACUACCACUCCUCUGCAAAAAUUAAAAGACAAUUCCUUAUUCUCUCAGUAGAGAAUGUUGUUGUGUCCAGAAUAGAAGUCCAGGUCUGUGACAGAGAACAUAUUGUGGAAAUUUCUGCUAGUAUCAAUGAUGUACUCCUUUCCUUUGAUGGGACCCUCGGACUAAAAGAACUGCCUGAUUCACAGAUGCAGAUGACUUUGCUUCUGCUAAAUGACCACUUAGGAAAGGGUGUAAAGACAUAUGUUGGAGGAUUGCCAGAUGUUGCUGUAACUGCGACUCCAGUCACUGCAUUCUACCAUGGCUGUAUGACAAUGAAGAUUCAGAAUAAACCACUAGAUUUGGAUGAUGCGGUAUACAAGCACAAUGACAUCACAUCACACUCUUGCCCUCCGAUUAAAUCCGGCAAAUAAGUUCAUUGCCUUAUAUCCAUAACCAAAUAUCCCAAAUGACUUUUUAUAUAUAAAUUAUUCAGACUUGCAGUAUUGUUUGUAUAGUUUCUUAAAACACUGAAGUAGGACCUGCUGAUUUUUACACCGUGUGAAACUGUUUUUUUUUUCAUGUUAUGCCUUUAAGUCGUGGUUCAAGUUUGUAAUAUAUUUGUAAAUAGUUUUUAAAAAAUACCCUAAUAUUAAAUAUCAGAACAUUGUGGCCAUUUUGAUUUGUACGUCAUGGACAUGUGAGUUAAAGUACUUUUAGGGAUUGUUAUGAUCUUGUAACUUUCGCGUGGUAACAAAAACUGGAAAAUGUGUUAUUUUUUUAAUAGCAACACUGCUUUAUAAUUAACAAUUUACACAUAAAUAAAAUAUUUACAAAAAAAAACA